CCGUGUCCUGAACCUGGCACCAUAGCACCCAAUGGCACUACGGUGUGUUUUUAUGACUGCGUGAAGAAAUGCGCAUUUGCUACUGCUCCAAAGAGCGCCAACUAUUUCUCGGAGGAAUGUAUAUGUUUGGGUAUUAAGAAUGCCGCAUAUCCGAUUCCAGAACCGAUCAAGUGCGCGACAUGGUCAGAGCAAACUCGGGGAGGAAAAAUAGACAACGCUGACUUUGUUAUGUUUGUGUCUGUGUUAGAAGAUAUGUGUGAUAAGGAAACUGCUGCCUAUGCUGUUCAUUGUGCGAUAGAUCCCUCCACCAAAAGACCGAUAGCUGGUCAGGUGAAUAUUUGUCCAAACACGUUCAACACAACUGCUUUCAACGAACAUUCGAGAAUGGAAGUCGCGGUGAAGCACGAAUUAACUCACGCAUUCGUCUUUUCACCAAUGCUUUUCAGGGACUUCCCUGGCGCCGGACAGUAUAGAAGAGAAAAAAAUUUAUACGUAAUUCCUAAUGUUGUCGACCGAAUCACGCGAUCGGACUGGGAGACUUCUAGUGGAGCUAUGAAGCAUGACGUGUAUAUGAUGGUAACACCAAAAGUUCGCCAAGAAGCUCGCCGGCACUUCAACUGUUCAACAUUGGAGGGAGCAGAACUUGAAAAUUAUGGUGGCAUCGGUUUAGCUGGCGCACAUUGGGAGAAACGAGUUUUUGAGGGAGGAUGGAAGGACCGUGAAGUUGACAUGCUAUCUUCACAAAAUUUACAAACAAUCACAAUCCAAUCCUCAUUACGGCAGGAAGAGGAAGAGGGGAACGAAAUCAACGGGAGCACGAAGAAUGAUGAC